UAGUAAGGUAAAACGUCAGCUUCUCGUGUAAAAUCGAAUUUAUCCCGUCAAGGUCACUAGGUUGUGUUUAUAUAGGCAUUGUCAAAUUAUGACUUAAUGGUUUACGACUCCGAUAAUAUAAUCCGCCAGAAGUUGCAGAUUUACUUUAAGAGAUGCACUGGAAUACUUCCUUAUUCUAUGGUUUCCCUCGACUCCUCAAGGAUUGUGAUUUUAUUUUUCGCAACUGGUGGCUUAGCUCUCCUAGAUGCACUAGACAAUGUGGAUAAAAGCGAAAUAAUAGAGUUUAUUUAUUCACAUCAGAUACUAUCUUCUGACUUACACAAAACUGGUGGUUUCAGAGGUUCGAAUGUUAUCGGCUGUUCAUCAGAUCCUGAAAAGGCUAAGUUGAAUCGUUCGAAGUACGAUGGAAGCCACGUAACAAUGGUAUAUUCAGCUCUUUCAACAUUGUUACUACUUGGUGAUAACUUAUCUCGUGUAGACAGAAAUGGAACUCUGGCUGGAUUAUCGGCUAUGCAGUGUUCAGAUGAACCUGGUCUAUUCAAAGCAGGCGAUAUAUGUGGUGAACGUGAUAUGCGUUUUGUAUUUUCUGCAGUUGCCAGCUGUUAUAUCUUGAAUGGACUAGAUUUUAUCAAUUGUGACGAUGUAGCUGAUUUCAUCGCAAAAUGUCUGACUUACCAAGGUGGAUUCGCUAAUCUCCCGUAUUUAGAAGCACACGCUGGAGCUACUUAUUGUGCAGUAGCUAGUUUAUCUCUUAUUGAUAAAUUAGAAUCAGUUAUUCCCGUGGGCUCAAAAUCACGAGAUUUGUUAAUUAAAUGGCUAUUAAAUUUACAAGAAGAAGGAUUUCAUGGUCGUAUUGGUAAACCAGAUGAUACAUGUUACACAUUUUGGGUCUGUGCUAGUCUUAAAAUUCUCAACUGUCACCAUCUUGUCAAUAAAAAUUCAACUGUUCGUUUUGUAACAAGAUGUUGGAAUGAUGUUGUUGGAGCAUUCACAAAAAUUCCUGAUCAAUUUUGUACUCCAGAUCCACUCCAUACUUAUCUUUCUCUUUCCGGCUUAUCAUGUUUAUGUUCAAGUGAUCAUGGAACUGAACACGACGUCGAAAUAACAGAUUCUGAAUCACAUGUAUAUCGUAACUUACAAGAAUUACUAAGUUCAAGUAAAUUUUCUACUAUUUACCCAGAGUUAAAUAUCCCUGAAAGAUAUCAUCAACGUCUUAAACAGAUUCACCUUCAGUGGAGUAAGAAAUAAGCAUGUCAUUCCUGUAAUGUGAUGAUUUUGUCAAACAAAUCUUUAUUUGUUAUUAAACAACUAUAUGGUCAGAUUGUUUUUAUUGUAUUUUUAUUUCCUAAUAAAUGUUAUUUGGAGUC